UGAACCGUGUCAUUUCCAUUCAUAACAUAGUGAAUUUUUAAGAAGACCAUUCCAGGAAAUUGUUUAUAUAGCUACUGGAACUUUUGUUUAUUCAAAAGUCAAAGCUCUUCGCUUUAAAAGAUGGCUGGAGAUGCAAGUGCAGCUUUGUGCCAUUUCAAAUUGGCUGCCAAACAUGACCAAGAGGAGAGUGAGAUGGAACAAACUUGAUAUCAUUAUGUUUGCUUAUGCUUGUAUAUCAAUCCUUCACAAUACUUCUUAUGCAGACGAUGCCUUGACUCCAACAUCUUCCAUUGCAGAUGGCCAAGAACUCAUUUCUGCUGGACAGAAUUUUUCUCUUGGAUUCUUCACUCCAGGAGCAUCAAAGAGCCGCUACAUAGGGAUAUGGUACAAGAAUAUUAAGCCUCAAACCAUAGUUUGGGUAGCAAACAGAGAUAACCCACUUAAUGACUCGAGAGGAAAUUUAACCAUUGCUGCUGAUGGUAAUAUUGUACUUUUUGAUGGAGCAGGUAACAGAAUAUGGUUUACAAAUUCAUCAAGGUCAAUCCAAGAACCAAUUGCAAAGCUGUUGGAUUCUGGAAACUUUGUGUUGAUGGAUGGCAAGAAGAGUGAUUCUAAAGGUUACAUAUGGCAGAGCUUUGAUAAUCCAACGGACACAAUGAUACCUGGGUUGAUGUUGGGUUGGGAUAAGAACUUAGGUAUCGACAGAUAUUUGACUUCUUGGAAGAGUGCUAAUGAUCCCUCUCCUGGAAACUUUACCUUCAGAUUUGACCAGAUAGAAUUUCCUGAGUUGGUAAUCCGUCAGGGAAUGAACAUCACAUUCAGAAGUGGAAUUUGGGAUGGCAUCCGUUUUAAUUCAGAUGAUUGGUUGUCAUUUAUUGGAAUUACAGCCUUCAAGCCACAACUUUCAGUGAACAGCACUGUGGCAGUGUAUUGGGAUGAACCUGGAGAUAGAUUGUCAAGAUAUGUGAUGAAGGAUGAUGGAUUCCUUCAAAGAUAUAUCUGGGACAACAAAAAUUUGAAGUGGACUCUGAUGCAUGAGGGAAGAAAAGACUUUUGUGAUAACUACGGAGCAUGUGGGGUGAACGGUAUUUGCAAUAUGAAGGAUAUUCCUGCUUACUGCGAUUGCCUGAAAGGGUUUAUACCAAAUUCUCCGGAAGAUUGGGAUUCGUUUAACUGGUCUGGUGGGUGCAUCAGGAGAACACCCUUAAACUGCACACAAAGUGAUAGGUUUCAGAAACUAAGCUGGGUUAAACUACCCAUGUUGUUGCAAUUUUGGACUAAUGAAAGCAUGAAUCUUGAAGAAUGCAAGUUGGAGUGCUUGAAGAACUGUUCCUGCACGGCCUACGCAAAUUCAGCCUUGAAUGAAGGGCCUCAUGGAUGCUUGCUCUGGUUUGGGGACUUGACUGACAUUCGGCAGCUUAUAAAUGAAGAGGGUGUACAACUUGAUCUUUAUUUAAGGUUAGCCGCUUCAGAAAUAGAGUCCACUGCUAAUGCACGUAAAAGGAGAAACAUUGCUGUGAUUAUUUCGGUACCUGUGGCACUGCUGCUUUGUUGUAUCAUUUUCUACCUUUUCAAGAAGUAUAUAAAACGGAGGACAAGCACUGGUUUGGUCACAAUCACAAGUCACAGAAAUCACAACGAAGAUCAAGCAUCACCUAUUUUUGAUAUAGAUACUAUUCUGGCUGCUACAAACAAUUUUUCCAUUGAGAACAAGAUCGGGGAAGGUGGUUUUGGUCCAGUAUACAGGGGUAAACUGGCUAACGGACAAGAAAUAGCGGUGAAAAGGCUAUCAAAAACCUCAAAACAAGGCAUCUCAGAGUUUAUGAAUGAAGUUGGAUUGGUAGCCAAACUCCAACACCGUAAUCUUGUGAGUGUUUUAGGAGGGUGCACUCAAAGAGAGGAAAGAAUGCUGAUCUAUGAAUACAUGCCAAAUAGUAGCUUGGACCACUUCAUUUUUGAUCCUAUACAAGGAAAAUUUUUGAACUGGAGGAAACGAUAUGAAAUUAUCAUUGGGAUUGCUCGAGGACUACUUUAUCUCCACCAAGAUUCAAAACUAACCAUCAUUCAUAGGGAUCUAAAAACUAGUAACAUUCUACUAGACAGCCAAUUGAACCCCAAAAUUUCUGAUUUUGGUGUGGCCCGAAUCGUUGAAGGAGAUCAUUCUUCAAUUACAACAGAAGAGAUUGCUGGGACAAUUGGUUAUAUGCCCCAUGAGUAUGCAGUAAACGGGAUUCUUUCCCUGAAGUCUGAUGUAUAUAGCUUCGGAGUUAUAGUGUUAGAGAUACUAAGCGGGAUCAGAAGUAGUCACUACAAAGUCAAGCAUCCAGAUCAUGAUCACAAUCUGUUGGGGCAGGCAUGGACAUUAUGGAAAGAUGGACGUGCUGUGGGAUUUAUGGAUGUUAAUUUAGACCUUACAGUUGUUCCAUCAGAAUUACUAAGGUGCCUGCAAGUUGGUCUCUUGUGUGUUCAAAAGUUACCCGAAGAUAGACCAACUAUGUCUUCUGUGGUUUUUAUGUUGAGCAAUGAAAGCAUUGCACUUCCCCUACCAAAGAAAACUGGCUUCUUUGAAGAAGAGUCAGAGUAUCAUCAUGCGUACAGCGAGAAUGAGAGUUUUAGUAACAAUGCUAUGACUAUAACUCUAUUAGAAGCUCGAAGUUAGUGGCUAACUUGUAUUGCAAUUUUCCUGGCAACAUUGUUGGUCAGAAAAAGGUUUUUGGCUGAUUGGUAGUAUUUUGUCACAUAGAACCAUUGUUGAUUCAAAGAAAAACCAAUGUAGUCUUUAGGUGCAUGACAUAAAGUCCCAACAGAAUAACUUUAUUUUCUUGUGUUUUUUUAUACUCCUAUUAAAGGACCUGUGUCCAAUCUCAAGUUAAACAGUUCAUUAAUGAAAGGAAAACCCUUUCCCACUUCACAAUGUUGUUACCCCGAAUAUAAAAAGAAUAAGAAUUCUGAAUUAUCCAGAGAUGUUUGCACGAGUCCUCAUAUUUAGUAAAAUGGUUUUGCAUUUUCCAAUAAUGUCUUGCUAAUCAAUUGAAUGAGCUUUUAUUAACUCUUGUUGAAUAUAAAUCUGAUCAUACCAUACAUCAUCCUCUCAAAGAUACUGUCAGAUACAUCGUCUGUAGAGAUGUUUGAAGAUAUUGUCUUAUCCAAUUUUUGUUGUAUUGUCUGAUUAUAUAUUAAAAAAUCUAUCAAUCUUGUAUAGUUUGUAACAUCAGUAAAUUUAUUUAAAGUUAUUGGCUGUUUAUUUUUCUAAUGACCAUUAGGUUAGAAGCGCCAAAAUAUAGGCUAGAACUAGGAAUUAACUGCAAAAAGUAACUUGAGCUCUUAAACUAAGUAGUGUGGUUUUCACUGUAUCUCUUGCAUAUUACACCAAAACAA